AUGGAUAGAGCCAAGAAAGUAGUUAACGAAAAACAUGAACGCAUCUUGCUUGAAUUGACGAAACUACCAGGGAAUGAUUCCUGUGCCGACUGUGGUGUUAAGGGGCCACGUUGGGCGUCUCAUAAUCUUGGUAUUUUCCUUUGUAUUCGCUGUGGUGGCUUACAUCGUAAAAUGGGGACUCAUAUUUCCAAAGUGAAAUCGAUAUCAUUAGACUCAUGGACACCGGAACAAAUAGAAAACAUGCGACAAUGGGGUAAUUUGAAAGCUAAUGCGAAAUGGAAUCCACAUCCAGAAUUACACCCAGUGCCGUUUAAUACAUCCGAUAGUGAGAUGGAAAAAUACAUUCGUAAUAAAUAUGAAAGGCAAUCUUUUUGCAAUAAUUCGAAUAAGUCAGUGCAACACAGUUCGUCUCCUGCACCAACAACUCCACCUAAACGUAAAACCAUCGAUUCCUCUCCAAAAUAUGUGGAUCGAGGAAAUAAUGAUGCCGUGUUACGUCAACUUAAAGAUAUGGGUUUUACAGAUACUGCUAAAAACAGAGAAGUUUUGUCUACAACAAACGGAGAUCUCAAUUCUGCAAUUGAAAUAUUAUGUCGUCUAUCUAUUGGAAACUCAACUUCCAAUGAACUGGCUCGUUCUUCCACGAAUUCAAAUACAUCUAACGACGAUAAAUUAGUCCAAUUAUGGAAUAUGGGAUUUCAUGAUGAGGCAAAAAAUCGAGAUGCUCUUCGACGUACUGGUGGUAAUAUAGAGGUAGCUGCUGCAUUACUUAUUGAAUCCCGCACGUCUGCAACAACAAACAAUACCAAUUCUAUUACCAAGUCUCAGUCAGAACAACGCAAACCACAGUUGACACAAAGUCAAUCACUUAUAGAUUCAACACCUUCACCACAAAUUUCGACAAAAUCGCAAAAUCUUGUAGAUCUUUCAGAUGGAUUUGGUCAGCCAACUCAGGGGCCAGGAGGACCUAAUAUGCAUAACAGCACAUAUUUUACUACAUUAGGCACUAGUUUUACAUCUCAAAAUCAGGUUAGCCAAUUUGAAUCACAACAACCAAAUACAUUUAAUACUAAUAUAGCAACAAUUAAUUCUCAUGAGAAUAUAAUGUUUAAUUCGGAACUUGGUGGUGUUCAAA